GACAUUAAAGCAGCUCCUUGUCCCAGCCAGGAGCCCAGCGCGAGCUAUUUAUAACCCUGGCACCUCAGUGCUUCACCAGAAGCUCUCUGCUGCUGUCGAGAUCUCUCUUUCCCUCUCCCACACACUCUCCCAGACACCUGCCGCUCCCAGCGUCGGAAAGAAACAUUCCUGAUGAAGACCUUGAAUUCUGAGGAGAUUUAAAAACAAGAAGUUUGGAGACCAACCAUGGAUCAUAAGCCGGAGGAGAGAAGAAAGCAGAGGCAUAGCUUGACUUUAUUGGAACAAGUAAAGAGAAUGAAAGAAUCAACAGAGAUAAUUGACGUCGUCCUAGUUGCGGAAGGUGAGAAAUUCCCCUGCCAUAAGGUAGUGCUGGCUGCCUUCAGUCCCUACUUCAAAGCCAUGUUUACCUGUGGCCUGGUUGAAUGCACGCAAAGAGAAGUGGUACUGUAUGACAUCUCUGCAGAGAGCGUGUCGGUCAUACUCCAUUACAUGUACAGUGCAGAACUGCACCUCACUAAUCAGAAUGUGCAGACUGUUGCGCUUGCUGCGUACUUCACACAGAUGAAAGAUGUUUGCAGUAUGUGUCAGAAGUACAUGAUGGACCAUAUGGAUGCUUCCAACUGUGUGGGCAUCUACUACUUUGCAAACCAUAUUGGGGCAGAAGAUUUAUGUGAUCAAGCGAGGAAAUACUUAUACCAGCAUUUUGCUGAGGUGAGCUUACAGGAAGAAAUAUUAGAGAUUGAAUUCCAGCAGCUGUUGACUCUCAUAAAAUCAGAUGAUCUGAAUAUUUCCAGGGAGGAGACCAUUUUGGACCUUGUCAUUAGAUGGGUCAAGCACAGCAGAAAGUCACGUGUAGAUCACCUUAUUGAGCUCCUGAAGCAAGUGAGACUGGUACUUGUCAGCCCUUCCUUUCUUGUGGAAGCCCGGAAGAGGAACACAAUGAUUCUGUGCAACUCAGAAUGCAAUGAUAUGUUUGAGGAAGCACUGAAAACCAUCAGACUAUCCAUCCACCCCUCUCUCAGCCUGCGAUACGGCAUGGAAACUACUGAUCUCUUACUCUGCAUCGGCAACAAUUCUCUUGGCAUUAGGUCAAGACACGGUAGCUAUGCAGAAGCCAGUUUUUGUUACGCUCCUGUGACAAAAAAGACUUACUUCAUUUCAUCUCCAAAGUAUGGAGAGGGUUUAGGAUGCGUUUGCACUGGUGUCGUCACUGAGAAAAAUGAUAUUAUUGUGGCAGGCGAGGCAAGCGCCACCAAAAUGUCUAGACAAAAGACCAGGAACAUCGAAAUUUAUAGAUACCACCCACGAGGAAACCAGUUCUGGCACAGCCUGUGCACCACUCAGCUCCGUGAACUCUAUGCAUUGGGCACUAUCCAUAACGAUCUCUAUGUGAUAGGAGGGCAGAUGAAAGUGAAAAAUCAGUUUCUGGUCACGAACUGUGUGGAGAGGUAUUCCAUGGAGCAAGGCACCUGGAGAAGCACGGCGCCUCUUCCAGUGCUGUUAGCCUGCCAUGUGGCAGUGACGGUGAAGAAUAAGCUCUACGUGCUGGGAGGUUGGACACCACAGAUGGAUCUGCCUGACGAUGAGCCGGAUCGAUUAAGUAACAGAACGUUUCGGUACGACCCGGGCCAAGACAAAUGGACAGAAGGCACGCCGAUGAAGUACUCCAAAUACCGCUUCAGCACAGCCGUAGUCAACAGCGAGAUUUAUGUCUUGGGAGGAAUUGGGUGCCUUGGUCUAGACAGAGGACAGACACGGAAAUGUCUUGAUGCGGUGGAGAUUUACAACCCUGAUGGAGACUUCUGGAGGGAUGGACCCCCUCUGCCUUCUCCCCUCCUCUCCUUACGAACAAACUCUACCAGCGCAGGCUGUGUGGAAGGGAAGCUGUACCUCUGCGGAGGAUUUCACGGAGCAGCUCGUCAUGAAGUUAUCACCAAAGAGAUCCUCGAGCUGGAUACAUGGGAGAACCAGUGGAACGUGGUGGCCAUCAACGUCCUCAUGCACGACAGCUAUGAUGUUUGCCUUGUUGCUAGGCUGAACCCGCGGGAUCUUAUCCCUCCUCCCCCCGAUUUAGUGGACCAAUAGAAGUUCAGUGAUGCUCAGUGCUUCCAGGUUCUGCAGAAACUGAAGAAUUUGGAGAGACAAAUGCUGCACUGGCUCCGGAUGACAGCUGAGUCCCGUGGAGAGGAGCCGGCAACAUGUGCUUAAGGACAGAACUGCCUUUGAGCUGCGCUUCUCAGAUGAUGCUUGAUUUGCUAGUACUGGUACCCUGGACUUCUGCGACUAAAAGUCAAGGUUGCCCAGCCUUUGUGUGUGGCUCUUCAUCUUUCAUCUGCCUGUGUGAGCUCCAGUGUUGGGUGCAGCCUGGGCUUCUGGGACCCUUUCCCUCACAGGCACAGUGGCAGCCCAGGGUUCAUUUCACAGCAGAGCACAACAUAUGAUGGAAAGCUCUAGUCAGGGAAAUCCCUCCUUUGCUCUUCAUCCCACCUGGUUGUACUAAGCUACUGAGGAAAAAACAGUCAAGCUAUAUCAAAGGGCCAGACUGUACUGCAGCAGCAGAGGGAAAACAGAGCAGAGCCUUUGUUUGUUUUAAACAAAAAACCAUUAGCCAAGGUUCAUUAGCCAAGUACACAAGCUACUGCAAAUAUUAUCUAACUCACAGACAGGACAGUCAAAAGAUCCUGUCUUUGCCAACAGAGCUGAGCCUGUGCUAGUAGAAAUCUAGUCUUUUGGCAACAAGUCACAAGUGAGCCCUCCAGCAGUGUCU